AUGGGACCUCGGCGCUUCAAGCGACAGGUCAUUGUCGCAACUCUGCUGCUCGUCACGGUCAUCUGUUUGAUGCAUUCUUUCGAAUAUGAGGAUGCCGAAGUGGCCAGUAAUACGCCGUUGCUUCUGAAAUACAUUCAUCCGCCCAGUGAAAAAGGAGGUGUAUGGCAUAUUCCUCCUUCAUGGCUGGAGAAUGCUACGACUAAACCAGAAACUAUUGUCGAAGCGGCCAAACUGGCUUCUGGCAAAGCGCAAGCGCCCCAAAGACAGAUCCCCCUCUCCAGCAUUCCGAUGAUCGUCCACCAAACAUGGAAGAAUACAGAUCCGCAGACAUGGCCUCAGGCAAUCCGUCAGAGUACAGAGACAUGGCUUCGAGCAGUCGAAGAGGACAAGAUGGCAUACUUCCUCUGGGACGACGAAGGGAUCAACCAGUUUAUCAAACACUUUGAGCCCGGUCUGGAGAAGCAAUUCUACGCUCUUGCUAGCAACGUCGAAAGAACGGAUGUCUUUCGUGUUCUGGUUUCGAAGUGGAUCGGCGGUGUGUACGGAGAUAUGGACACCGAGCCGCUCCGUAAGCCCAAAGACUGGAUCAACGCCUCUGAUAUCCAGCCCUGGCGUGACCCGGAAUCAGGCGCCGUGUACCGGUCCACCAAGCCAGUUCGCGCAAUUGUCGGCCUGGAGGCCGAUUGUUCCCCUGAUAGCGAUUUGUAUUGGCGGAUGGGGUAUACUUACCCCGUGCAACUAACACAAUGGGCUUUUGCUUGGGCGCCGGGACAUCCGAUCCUCCAGAUGUUUAUUGAUCGGUUCUCUACGGCGAUGCAGGAGAUGCCGAUUGAGGCAGUUGAUCCGCUGGUUCUGACCGGCCCGGUCGCGUUCACCGAGGCGGUGCAGAGCUGGUUGAUGGCCACUACAGGGCUACGGUGGAAUGCGCUGACGGGAUUGCAUGAUGGGGGGAGGACCCAGGAAGAGGCAAGUAUGGCAAUAUGGGCUCGAAACCCGCGACAGACCCGUCUGCGCGGCUGCUCCAUCGAGCGCAGGGCUCUUGGAGGAAGUUUGAUCUGA